UUAUUUUUUAGUAAUUUUAAUUAUGGAAUCAAUCACCAAAAACUUAACUAAUGCACACUUGGUUAACCACAACUCAAAUGAGCUAACAGCAAACACUGGAAGCAACACUUCUAGUGAAGGGGACAAAGGAUUGCCAGCACCUGAAAAAUCUUUAUUGCAGAAAAUCGUGCAAACCGAUCUCAUAACAUCUAAGCAUGACAUUGAGAUGCAAAGACGAGACCCAAAAUCACCAUUAUGUUCGAUCAAAUCAUUUGAGUCACUUAGACUUCAUCCAAACUUGCUUCAAGGAGUUUAUGAAAUGGGUUAUAAUAGACCGUCAAAGAUACAAGAAACUGCACUGCCUUUACUCUUGGCCCAUCCUCCACAAAGUUUGAUUGCACAGUCACAGUCAGGUACUGGAAAAACGGCAGCAUUUGUUUUGGCUAUGUUGAGUAGAGUUGAUCCGGAAUUUCAGUAUCCACAGGUAGUUUGUUUGUCCCCCACGUAUGAAUUAGCUCUUCAAACGGGAGAAGUUGCAGCAAUAAUGUCUACCUACUGUCCAAAUGUUUAUAUAAGGUUUGCUGUUAGUGGUGAAUGUGUUGAAAGAGGUUCCAAAAUAAAGGAACAAAUAAUUGUGGGUACACCUGCAACGGUUUUGGAUUGGGCGACUAAGUUCAAAUAUUUUGACCCAAAACAUAUUAAAGUGUUUGUGUUGGACGAAGCUGAUAUUAUGAUCAUGGGUCAUCAAAAUCGAUGUUUCCACAUUAGAAAGUUACUACCAGAAACAUGUCAAAUGAUUUUUUUUUCAUCCACAUAUUCAGAAGAUGCCAUGAUGUUCGCCAAUGCUAUUGCGCCUAUGUCUGUAAUCCUAAGAUUAAAACGCGAAGAAGAAACAUUGGGUAAUAUCAGACAAUACUACGUUAACUGCAACAACAAAGAAGAUAAAUACGAUAUAUUAAUGAAUAUUUGUGGAGCAGUGACUAUUGGACAAGCUUUGAUUUUUUGUCAGACAAAAAAAAUGGCUUCAUGGUUAGUUAAUCAAAUGGUAGAACAAGGACAUGCUGUUGCUUUGUUAUCCAGUAAACUCACAGUCCAACGAAGAAUAUCUGUCUUGGACCGUUUCCGCGAAGGAGAAGAAAAACUUCUAGUUACAACAAGCACAUUGUCUAGAGGCAUUGAUGUUGGGCAAGUCACGAUUGUUAUUAAUUUUGAUUUGCCAAUAACAGUCUCUCACGAACCUGAUUAUGAUACAUAUAUACAUAGAAUAGGACGAACUGGUCGUUUUGGUAAAAAAGGUAUUGCUAUUAACCUUGUAAGUGAUAGUUCGGACCAUUCUGUACUGAAGAAAAUCGAAGAACAUUUUGGUAAACCUAUUGAAUGUUUGAAUACAGACAAUGCAGACGACAUAGAAUGAUUGGAAGAAGAUGAUUGAUUUUUAAUAAUUAUAUGUAAUAUUUUUUCUUUAAGGGGACCUAACACUGACGUUUGUUGUUUCUGUCUUACAAGUGCGUAAAAUACCAAAUUUAUGACCAGCAGAUAACGUGUAGAUUUGUUAAUUUAAAAAUUAGAGUGAAUCGAACUAUACAAAACUUGAUGGUAAGAAAAUUAUCUGUGUUUGUAUGUGGGGUGUUUACGAUAGUU